UCAAAGAUGGCGGCUCUUCUCACCUGUAAGCGCCUUCUCUACCCCUCAUCUUUUACAUUCCAGCUGAGAAAAAUGCGCAGUGUUUUACUUACAAGUUUUAUUGCAAGAUGGAGCUCAUCGAGCCCUGUAGGACCAAAGAUAUAUACCAGAACUGGAGAUACAGGUUACACAAGUACAUAUGGUGGAGAGCGUCGUGCAAAAACUGACCAACUGUUUGAGGCAUUAGGAGAAAAUGAUGAAUUAAAUUCUUUCAUUGGACUAGCAAGUGAAUUCUGUGAAGAAGCAGGGCAUAAAGAUGUUGUAGAAAAACUCGAGCAGAUUCAGUGCAUUCUGCAGGACAUUGGUUCAAAUAUUGCAACACCUCGACAAUCUUCAUCUGAAAGGAAAAUAGAAAAAACUAAAUUUAACCAGGAGAAUGUGAAAACUCUGGAAGAAUGGAUAGAUUCCUAUCAUAUGCAACUUCCUUCACUCAGAAAUUUUAUUUUACCAUCAGGAGGGAAAAGCAGUGCAAUGUUACAUGUAGCAAGAUCAGUUUGUCGUCGAGCUGAGAGAAGAGUUGUUCCUUUGGUCCAGAGCGGAAGCGUAGAUCCAGAAGUUGGAACUUUCUUAAACAGGCUAAGUGAUUUUCUCUUCACCACGGCGCGAUUUGUCGCCAAAGAGGAAGGAAAACAUGAGAAAAUAUAUCGUCCAGUUCAAAGAUGAAGUGCUUGGAAAUUUGUGAAAAUGUCCCGGAUAAAAGUCGGACUUCACAGCUUCAGGAUCGCGGACGGGGUUUUGAAUUGGAUAAAUCCUCAAGGAAUUAGAGCAGUUAUCAAUUAAGAAACUGUCGAUUAAGGGAAAAAAAGUAAACUUUAUGAAAAUAGAAAGAAAAUAAACGCUAGCUGAGUUUACAACAAAUUGUGUACUUUUGUCAUUCGUUUGUUGGAUGACGAUCUUGUGAAAGAAAGAAGGUGUACCCAUUCAGUUUAAGUUUAAAGUGAGAAUAUUUAUGAAGUCGUGAACCCAAGUUCUAUUUGUAUUCGGUUCCUUUUAAAAAUGAUGAUUAAA